CGACGCUGUACUUCUGAGUUCAGAUCACCUCCGUUAUUGUUCACCACAGAGGAAGAUGUCCGUCUCGUUUCCUUUGUUGUGAUGAAUUCCUUAUUAUAAAAGAAGAAGACAAAAUUGCGGAUUUAGAUUUAAUCAGGGACGGUUUAGUUUUAUUUGUGAUAAGUAAAUCUACAUCCAUCAUUGGCUAUAAUGAGUGGAGGAGUGUAUGGCGGGGACGAGGUUGGCGCGCUGGUGUUUGAUAUCGGCUCCUACUCCGUGAGGGCUGGUUAUGCUGGAGAGGACUGCCCCAAGGCUGACUUCCCCACCGUGAUUGGCGUGACUGUGGACAGGGAAGAUGGCACUACACCGAUGGAAACAGAUGGGGAUAAGGGCAAGCAAAGUGGAACGACAUACUACAUCGAUACCAACCAGCUCAGGGUGCCACGGGAAAACAUGGAGGUCAUGUCACCUCUUAAAAAUGGCAUGAUUGAAGACUGGGACAGCUUUCAGGCCAUUUUGGACCACACCUACAGAAUGCACUUCAAAUCCGAGCCUAGCUUGCAUCCCGUGCUGAUGUCAGAAGCCUCUUGGAACACACGAGCCAAGAGGGAGAAGCUGACAGAGCUUAUGUUUGAGCAUUACAACAUCCCUGCUUUCUUCUUGUGUAAAACAGCCGUGCUGUCUGCAUUUGCAAAUGGACGAUCCACUGGUUUGGUGUUAGACAGCGGUGCGACGCACACGACUGCUAUUCCAGUGCACGAUGGUUAUGUCCUGCAGCAAGGCAUUGUCAAGUCCCCACUUGCAGGUGACUUCAUGAGCAUGCAGUGUAGAGAGCUGUUUCAGGAAUUAAAUGUCGAAAUCAUUCCCCCAUACAUGAUUGCAUCAAAGGAUUCAGUACGUGAAGGUGCACCAGCCAGCUGGAAGAAGAAAGAGAAACUACCUCAAGUUACUCGCUCAUGGCAUAACUACAUGUGUAAUACUGUUAUUCAAGAUUUCCAGGCCUCAGUCUUGCAGGUUUCAGAUUCACCUUAUGAUGAACAGGUGGCUGUUCAGAUGCCGACUGUUCACUAUGAGCUGCCUAACGGCUACAACUGUGACUUUGGAGCUGAACGACUGAAGAUUCCUGAGGGGCUUUUUGACCCUUCUAAUGCAAAGGGCCUGUCAGGAAACACCAUGCUUGGAGUAGGCCAUGUUGUGACCACCAGUGUUGGCAUGUGUGACGUUGAUAUCCGACCAGGUCUGUAUGGCAGUGUGAUAGUUACUGGAGGAAACACUCUCAUCCAAGGAUUUACAGACAGACUAAACAGAGAACUGUCUCAGAAGACACCACCGAGUAUGCGCUUGAAGUUAAUAGCCAACAAUACGACUCUGGAGCGCAGGUUCAGUGCCUGGAUCGGAGGGUCUAUCCUGGCAUCACUGGGAACCUUCCAACAAAUGUGGAUUUCCAAGCAGGAGUAUGAGGAAGGAGGGAAGCAGUGUGUAGAGAGGAAGUGCCCUUGACCAACUCCAGCUUUUUUUGCCAUUUGAUUCUUUAACUAAAAAAAAAAAAAAAAAAAGUUUCUGGUAGAACAGGCCUUCUUAGUGGACUCAGGAACAUAAAGGACACUUGUGCUAAAAUUAUACAAAAAUUAGUUCUGCUUUCUUAUUAAACAUUUUUGAUUUUAUAACUCUGUAUUAAUUGUCAUGGUCACACUCUUUUCUAUACUCUAUAUAGUGUUUUUUGUGUCAUAUUUGGCAAUUCAGAGAAAAGAUUCAAUUCUGUAUUUUAGAUAAUAAUGGUGUGUUAUUUGGCACAUAUACAAGGAAACUGAUCAUCCUUCAAGUUGGCUGCAGAGAAAAUGAUUAAAGUAAGCAAUAUAUACAGUAAACUACUUGUGUUUUUAAUCAGCAAUUGGCUAUUUUGAAAAUAAAGUUUUUUUGUGACA